UCUUGUAUGAGUUUCCUUUUCCCCGCUCCAGUCCUGCUUUAACAAAGACAAACGCCCAGACACCAGCUAGCUUAGCGGACCCAGUGGGAAUCGCAGCCCCGCCCAUCAGCCCCACUGCGCACCCGCACGAAGUCUGCAGCUCGCGCCCCGCCUCAGCAGCGCAGCAUCCCGGCCGAGGAGAGAGCCCGAGGGGAAAGCAGACCGCCGCCUGCCAGGACGACCCUGGGAGCUCAGCCACCAUGAGCGAGAUUCCUAAGGACUCCUUGAAGGCCAUUCUGUUGGAGUUAGAAUGUCACUUCACAUGGAAUUUACUUAAGGAAGACAUUGAUCUGUUUGAAGUGGAAGACACAAUUGGGCAACAACUUGAAUUUCUUACCACAAAAUCCAGACUCACUCUUUAUAAUUUGCUGGCCUAUGUGAAACACCUAAAAGGCCAAAAUAAAGAUGCCCUAGAGUGCUUGGAGCAAGCAGAAGAAAUAAUCCAGCGGGAACACUCAGACAAAGAAGAAGUACGAAGUCUGGUCACCUGGGGAAAUUACGCCUGGGUGUAUUAUCACAUGGACCAGCUUACGGAAGCGCAGAAGUAUACAGACAAGGUAGGGGACGUCUGCAAGAAAAUGUCCAGUCCUUUUAACUACAAAUUGGAGUGUCCUGAGAUUGACUGUGAGAAAGGGUGGGCACUUCUGAAGUUUGGGGGAAAGUAUUACCAAAAGGCUAAAGCAGCUUUUGAGAAGGCUCUGGAAGUGGAACCAGACAAUCCAGAGUUUAACAUCGGCUAUGCCAUUACAGUGUAUCGGCUGGAUGAUUCUGACAGAGAAGGGUCUGUAAAGAGCUUUUCUCUGGGCCCUCUGAGGAAAGCUGUUACGCUGAAUCCAGAUAACACCUACAUUAAGGUUUUCCUGGCACUGAAGCUUCAAGAUGUACAUGCGGAAGCUGAAGGGGAAAAGUAUAUUGAAGAAAUCCUGGACCAGAUAUCUUCUGAACCUUAUGUCCUCCGUUAUGCAGCCAAAUUCUACAGGAGAAAAAAUUCCUGGGACAAAGCUCUGGAACUUUUGAAAAAGGCCUUGGAGGUGACACCAACCUCUUCUUUCCUGCAUCACCAAAUGGGACUUUGCUAUAGGGCACAAAUGAUCCAAAUCAAGAAGGCCACGCGCAACAGACCCAAAGGAAAAGACAAACUGAAAGUCGAUGGGCUGAUUGCAUCUGCUAUAUUUCACUUCAAGGCAGCCGUGGAACGAGACUCUAUGUUUGCAUUCGCCUACACAGACCUGGCCAACAUGUACGCUGAGGGAGGCCAGUAUAGCAAUGCCGAGGACAUUUUCCAGAAAGCCCUCCGUCUGGAGAACAUAACCGAUGAUCACAAACAUCAGAUCCACUACCACUAUGGCCGUUUUCAGGAGUUUCACUGUAAAUCAGAAAAUACUGCCAUCCACCAUUACUUAGAAGCCUUAAAGGUCAAAGACAGGUCAUCCCUACGCACCAAACUGACAAGUGCUCUGAAGAAAUUGGCUACCAAGAGACUUAGUCACAAUGCUUCAGAUGUGCAGAGUUUAAGUGCCCUGGGGUUCGUGUACAAGCUGGAGGGAGAGAAGAGGCAAGCCGCUGAGUACUAUGAGCAGGCCCAGAAGAUAGAUCCAGAAAAUGCAGAAUUCCUUUCUGCUCUCUGUGAGCUUCGACUUUCCAUUUAACUCCAUACUCUAGGAAAUCAGUUUGAAAGCUCUUCCCUCUAUUUUGGGUUCUUACAUUUUUGUUUAUUAUUUCAAUCCAUUCAUUACAGGGUCAAUUUUUAGUGAAUGGUCAUUGUGUACCAGGCAUCACGUUAAACACUUUAUAUACAUUAUGAUGAGUCAUUUUCUGUUUUGUACUUUUUUAAUUAAAAUACCGUAAUUCAUUAAGAAACAGCAACAUUCCAGCUGUUGUAACUUUUAAAAAUGGCAUGGCCAUUAUGACUAUACCCUUUCUCUCUGCUGUUUAUAAUAAUGUUCUGGUUAAGUUUUGUCCAAUUUCCCAUAUUACUCACUCAUGCAAUGAGAAUAAUCCUGCAUGAAUCUUUGACUCCUUCUGGGUCAGGAACACAAUUUCAGGGGUGCAAAAUGAUAUAGCAUCCAAAAGAUGGAAUCUUCUAGCUACAGAUCUUCCAACUUUGAUGAGGAUAUUUAACCAUUAACCUAAAGAAUCUUCUUUGUUGGAAGAACAAAGUUCAUGAUAAAAAGUUUGUCAUCUCUGGUGACUGAAAUAAAAAGGAAGACUAGAACAUGAGAAAAAAAAAAGAUUUCCUCAAAUACAGGACUUUAGGGAGCCAUGAAAAAUCAGCAGCAUUAUCUCCCAAAAUGUUCAGUAAGUAGCUAGAAACAGUUACGAGGAAAAAAUGAAGAAUGGAAAAUCAUUAGUCUCAAGUUUCUCUGGUUCUUUCACUGGAAGAAUAAACUGAAUCAAGAUGGAAUUUUAAUUUUCCCAAUUAGAACUACAGUAUUUUUUGGUUACAAUCAUUGAGAUAGAAAGCAAACCAAUUAAGAAAUUGGAAAGAUAAGCAAAUGUGUAAAGUAAAAGUCCCUAGUCUAGUGAUUUAGUUUUGGGUCCGGACUGGAUAGAGUUCUCAUACCCCUAACUUCUGGCCUUGGUUAACUGUUUUAGAAUUCCAGCUCACUUCUGUGCAGCUUUUCCUUCUGUCUGAAGUUUUCAGAUUGACAUGUUUCCCUAUAGAUCCUCCAGGAAGAGGUAAGCCCAGCUUUCAGUUUUAAUAUCCACCUCCCAGGGUCGCUGUUGAAGGGCCUUUAAUCCCAAGGGACUUUUUAAAUUGGGAUGUUGUCCAAAGUGGCUUCUCUAAUGUUUUUCUUAUGUUUACCACCAGUAUUAGUGGAAAAGUGUGCCAUGUUAUUUCAUUCUCUAUACCUCCAAUGUAGCUCUUAAAACUAAUGUGUAUUUUCAUUUUUGUUGCUAUUUUUAUUUUUUUACUUCUAUUAUGGUUUUGAUUAUUAUAAAAGUAGUGAAUUAUCAUUGUAAAAUUUCAACCCAUGCAGAAGUGUAUGAAUUUAAAAAUAAGUGUACUCUCCUCACCCUAUCCCGAUUCUACACCCCCGAGGUAAACUGUUACCAAUUUGAUUUGUACCUUUCCAGAUAGCUUUUCUAUGCACAUUCAAACAUACAUAUAUACUGCAAUGUAGCUCAUGAAUUAAAUUUUUUUUAAUGUUUGUUUUACUUAAGUCCCUGUUUUGUUUAUUUUGCUCAUUUUAUUUGUUUAUUCAAGAAGGAAAAACAGGGAGGGGAAUGAUCUUUACUUAAGUAUUUUAGAAAUUCAGGACUAGAAUAUUUUAUUUUGCAGAAGUCAUUUUCCCUGAUUGGGUAUAAUGUUCUAAUCAAGGUUAUGUUCCCAAGUAGACAUUGACUUGCAGUAAAAUACAGUUAUGGUAUCAAAACGAAGAUAUAACUAUAAGCCUCAAUAUCUAAAUAUUAGACUUUGAAAUCUAUGAAAUGAUUUAAAAAUUUACUAGAUAUUAAAAUAAUGAAAUAUAUAAGAAGUCAUAACAUGCUAAGAAAGUAUAAAAUGAGUAUAUGACAACUAUAAAUACUGAACUAAAAGUAAUGUUUAUAAUAACUUUAAGCUUUGUCCAUAAUUUUACUUAUCUUCCAAAAAUUUAUAAUUAUUUAGAAAUAAUUUCAUAGACUCUUGGGUUUAAAAAAGACCUCAGAGUUCACCUGUAUCAAAUAACCAUCAAAACUUGAAGUUUUGAAUUAUCUUCAUAAAUGAUCAUUUUAUCUUUAGAUAGUCCUUAGUCUUAGAAAUGUAUUUCCUCCAUUUAACCGAAGACUUAUGGCCUGAAGUUGAUACAUUUUAGUCUGUCUUUAGGGACCUCACAGAUCUCAUCUUUUUUAGACAAACCAAAAAUAUGCCCAGGGAAGUGGUUGUAGUUGCCCUUCCGGGUCAUUUCACCCUUCUGUUAGAGAGCGUGCCUGUUCCCCAGUCCCCAAGGUGAUCUUGGAAACUGUUUUGUUGAACAGGAAAACUAUGCUACCAGCCCCACAAAAGCUAACAGAAAUCCUUUCAACAAGUGAAUCAGCUGGCAGGAAAACUGACUGCAGAGUAAAGGAGCUCUUGAACAUUUUCUGUCCUCUCUGGGUGCAGACCUAGUCUUAGCAGUUGAUCAUGCACCAUGUGCCAGAGUUUCCAGGGCAAUAUAAGCAGUCACUGCGCCUUUCUAGAUCGAGUCCAUAAAGAUUAUCUCAGUUUAAGAAAAACUGCAUAGACCCACGGAACUGUAGAAGCAGGAGAAGCUCGAGAAAAUGCCUGCUGCAGCCAACUUUGAUUAAAAAGUUGGGACCCAGGUUGGUGAUGUGGCUUAAGAUUUCACAACUAACUACUUUCUUCCCCUGGUUCAGCAUCACUUUUCCCUAUUUGACAGUUUAUCUGGUCAUGAUGUGAUUGUGCCUACGUGACGCAGCAGACCCAAGAGUAGUUCUUUUACAGAAUGUGCUUAUUGAGAUUAAAGAACGUGGCAGAAAUAUAAAACGUGGCAUGUUCUUUUAUAAUUGGUAGAUUGUAAGAAAUGAGAAUCCACUGGCCUGGAAACUUAGAGUAGUCUCCUUUGAGUAGUUCAAGGAUAGUAAUUUGUAACCCUACUGUGGGUGGCCAUGAGAAGCACCUCUUAGAUCUCCAGCAACAAGGACUAUAACUGCCUGAGGGUCCUUCCUGUCUGCUACGUGCUGACAUCCAUCAUUGCAUUUGCUCUGAGGCCAGGCCUCCCAGCAUGGCAGGAACAUGAAUUCAGGCCCUGUUGCGGGAGAGGCAGUACUCCUCUCUCUGACUUGGGCUCAAGGAUUCCCCACCAAGCUUGCCGUAUUUUCCGAACAAUGACGCUGUGGUCUAAGAUGCUUCCACCUAACUUUUCUUCCUUCUCGCUCUCCUGCAUCACAAUUUGAUGGCUCCCUGAACUUCUCCCUGCCCCCUUCCAUUUUCUCUCACAGGUGUUGCCCUAAUAAAUCUUUUAUAAUUAA